AGGUGAUCGUCGCUAAGCGAAGGCCGUCCUCUGAGCUCUGUGUGUGUGUGUGGGUGAGAGAGAGAGUCUAUCAGCUGAGGGCCCGUCGUCAGAGGAGAGAGGAAAAGGAAGCGUUAGCCGAGCACUGCCCGGGCUUCAUUAUCCCCUUUCCUUCUCCCGGUUCGUCUCGCAUCCCCACCGUCCAGUUCGCUCGUCGGCCACGAUGGCGCUCAGCGAUGCCGACGUCCAGAAGCAGAUCAAACACAUGAUGGCCUUCAUUGAGCAGGAAGCCAAUGAAAAGGCAGAAGAAAUAGAUGCAAAGGCAGAAGAAGAAUUCAAUAUUGAAAAGGGUCGUCUUGUACAAACCCAAAGAUUAAAAAUCAUGGAAUAUUAUGAAAAGAAAGAAAAACAAAUUGAACAGCAGAAGAAAAUUCAAAUGUCCAACCUGAUGAACCAGGCGAGAUUGAAGGUGCUCAAAGCAAGAGAUGAUCUAAUUUCCGAACUGUUACAUGAAGCCAGACAGAGACUGGGUAAGGUGGCAAAGGAUCCUAUCAGAUAUGGAGCACUGUUGGAUGGACUGAUACUGCAGGGAUUGUUUCAGCUGCUUGAGCCUCUGGUGAUAAUUCGUUGUCGCAAGCAAGACCAUUCAUUGGUUAAGGCUGCCGUCAACAAGGUUAUUCCUGUUUAUAAGAGUAGCACAAGGAAAGAAAUUGAUGUUCGUGUAGAUCAGGAAACCGUCCUACCCGAAGAUGUUGCUGGGGGUAUCGAGAUGUAUAAUUCUAAUGGAAAAAUCAAGGUUGCCAAUACCUUGGAGAGUAGAUUGGAACUUAUUGCACAGCAGAUGAUGCCAGAAAUCCGAGUGGCUUUGUUUGGUGCCAACCAGAAUAGGAAGUUCAUGGAUUAAUUGAUAUCCACUCUACACCUAGUGCUGUUUCAGUCACAGAGAACAUAAUAAGAUGUAAAAGUUAUAAACCUAUAUUUAAAAAAAAUCUAUUGUAUUUGUUCUUCUGUGAUGUUAUGUCUGAAGUGUUUGAAGUAGCUUGACUUGGUAGUUCUCAUCAGGUUUGAUGAUGUUUGCUGUAUAUCUUGACUAUGGGAAAUUACCAGAAGGCAUCUGGAAAUCAUUUGAGUUGAAUAACCUCAGAUUAUGAGUCACAACAUCAACUGUUUUUUUUUAUUUAAAAGGCUGUUUUUAUCAUAUGUGAACAUUUUUCAGUUAUAUUGUUUUGUCUCCGUCUUUACCAUCCGCAUUGAAAUUGCAUCAGGUAGACUUUCUUCAGAGUAUAAAAGAAUAGUGAAUUUUCAUACAUUGUUUCCAGUGUUGCUGAUAAUUCAAUUUCAUCCACUAUUUAAUCAAAUUAAAAUGGAGACCUUCAUUUUGGCUGCUGUAUAUGUAUAUAUGGUUCCAAAAUAAAUAUCUACUAUCAUUGG